UGGUUGCUAGGGGAGUUCUCGCGAUACUACGAGUCCCGCCCUCCCUCGGCUGGGUCCCAAGAUGGCGGCGGAGGCGCUGGAGCUCCUAGCUCGGGUCUCCCGGCUGGAGGAGCCGCUGGAGGAGCUGCGGGCCCUGCGGGUGGCGGUGCAGGCCCUGCCGCUGAGCGCCCUGAGGGAGCGGGCGCCCGACAUCCGCCUCGGAGGCCUCUUCGCUCUGCUCAACGUGAACGACAGAGAACAGGUUGCUUUAUGUGUUUCUAUCUUGGAGCGGUUUCUUCAGGCAGUGGAUCCAUUGUAUGUAAUUCAAAACUUCAGAGAAGAACUUCAGAAAGGACUCUUUCAUCCUGAUGAUUCAGUUAAACUUCUUACCAUAGUCCAGGUUGGAAGAAUAGUUGAAAAUUCAGAUGCUGUAAGAGAAAUUCUCAAUAAUCCUGAAUUACUAAGGCAAAUCAUUUAUUGCAUUGGAGGAGAGAAAAUAGCUGUAGCUAAAGAGGCUAUCAAAUCACUGUCGAGAAUAGCACAGACUCAAGAUGGGCUGGAGGCUUUAUUUGCAAGCAAUUUUUUGGUUGACUUGAAAAAUGUCAUGGCAACAAGUGAUGUUGUGCGAUACAGAGUAUAUGAGUUAAUUGUUGAGAUUUCUUCGGUGUCUGCAGAUUCUUUGAAUUACUGUGCAAACAGUGGACUAAUAUCUGAGCUAAUUGAAGAACUGACUGGAGAUGAUGUGCUGGUCAGAGCUACCAGUAUAGAGAUGGUGACCUCAUUGGCAUACACUAAGCAUGGACGUCAAUAUCUUGCCCAGCAAGGAAUCAUUGAUAAAAUUUCCAAUAUAAUCAUUGGGGCAGAUUCUGAUCCUUUCUCAGGCUUCUAUUUGCCAGGAUUUGUGAAAUUUUUGAAUCUGGCUAGUGUAGACAGCCCGCAGCAGAUCUGUGCAUAUCCCGUCUUUAUGGAAAAAGUGUUUGGAAUGGCCGAAGGCCAUGACCCAACCAUGAUUGGAGUGGCUGUGACACGCUUGCAAUCCUGGGAUCAAUGUGGAGGAAAACAGGUUUUACAGAAAGCUGGGAGUAGAUUUGAACAUCUGUUAAACCGAAUAGGGCACCAAGCAAAGAAUCCCCCAGCAGAGCUAAGACUUCGAUGUUUGGAUGCCAUAUCAUCUCUUCUUUACUUGCCACCAGACCAGCAAACAGAAGACCUACUAGGAAUGACUGAAUCCUGGUUUGCUGCCAUAUCUAGUCAGCCAUUGGAACUCUUCAGGAGUAUUAGUACUCAGCCAUUCCCUGAUCUCCACUGUGGGGCUUUACGAGUGUUUACUGCUAUUGCAAAUCAACCAGUGGGCACAGAAACUGAUGCUGACAGUCCAGGAUGUGUGGAAUAUAUUGUAGACAGAUCUGUGGAACCUGACAAAGCUUCAAAGUAUGCCAAUAUGAACUGGUUAGCCCUUGUAAAUUCCAAAACAAUAGCUGAAAUAUUUGGAAACCAGUACUACUUAAGGCUGAGGGCUUAUCUUCAUGAAGGUCCUUAUUAUGUUAAGGCUGUUUCUACUACUGCUGUGAAGGUGGCAGAAUAAUAUCCACGUCACUGCACUUUUUCCUUUUUUUAGCAAUCCAGUGUUACUGGAGCAGUGAUUGGUCCAAAAUGGCUCCACUUUAGGGGCUCUAACCUCAUGAAAGAAACUUUAGAAAGCACUUGACUCAGUUGUUGUAAUCUGAAAAUAACUAAGAGUUCGGAGAGUAAUUCUCAAAUAGCCAUAGGGCACAGCAUAUCUUUCUUUAAAGAAUCAUGGUGUACAUAAAUCCGCUUCCUGUACAUUUAUUAUAUUAUUUGAAAUAGCGUUGUCUAAUUGACUUAUAUAAGCAGUUUAACAGCUGACACGCAUCUUGUUUUGCAGAAAUUAUUGGUCUUUAUUUAAGUUGAGUGUUCGUUGCUUGGUGAUCCCAUCGUGUUUUCUCACUGAGCCACACUUGAAAAAAGCAGUUUCAUCAACAUCAAAUGUUACAGUAACUUUUUCUUUCUGACAUGGCACCUAAAUGGAAAGUGUGUUUUUAAUUAACUGAUCAUGGCGAUCUGUGAUCUAGUUUAUUACAAUUACACUAGCUACUUUCAGGGGCUUCAUGCCUAUAGGAAGAUGGUGCAAAAAAUAAUUUUUGUUUUUUUUCCAGUUUGGUUUGGCUGGAUGUAAGUCUUGUAUAAACAAACAGUUCUGAAUGUUGUUUACAUCUUAUGUGGAAGGUGAACAUGAAAAUCUUAAAUUUUUAAAGACUGUCUGAUAAGUGAGUGUUAAAACCAAAUUGGAAGCUGCUGUGGUUUUUUUUUUAAUUUUAAGUUAUCAUUUUUAAAUUUAUAUCCGAACUUCAGUAAUGUUAAUUAGAAUAAAAGUGAUAAGAGCAUAAAGCCUUCUGUUUAAGGACAUAAAUUUACCAUGGAGGAAGUAACUCAUGGCUAUAGCCCAGGGAUUGGCAAACUUUGGCUCGUGGCCCGCUAGGGAAAUCUGCUGGCGGGCCAGGAUGGUUUGUUUACCUGCAGUGUCGGCAGGUUCAGCCGAUCACAGCUCCCACUCGCCGUGGUUCGCCAUGCCAUGCUAAUGGGGCUGUGGGAAGUGGUUGUCCAGCACGUGCUUGGCCCGUGCCGCUUCCUGCAGCCUGCAUUGGCCUAGCACGGCGAACCGUGGCCAGUGGGAGCUACGAUCGGCCUAACCUGCGGACGCUGCAAGUAAACAAACCAUCCUGGCCUGCCAGCGGAUUUCCCUGUCAGGCCGUGUGCCAAAGGUUGCCGAUCCCUGCUAUAUAGCCUAUUAUUAUUUGGUAUACGACGUAGGUUUUACACAUUCUCUGAAGAACAGUUUGACUACUUUGGAGGACAGGAUUCCAGACUAGAUGGGCCAUGUAAUGUAUUUUGGUCCACAGAUCAAGACUAUAAUAUAUAUAAAAAUUUUUUUUUCCUUCUGUCUUAUUUUAGACCAUGAAUUAUGUACUAUUUUAGUUCCAAGGAUGAAAAAAUAAAAUCUUGUGGAAUACUCGAAAAAUGUAUUAAAAUGAAAAUUAAGGUAACUACUGGAAGUAGUAAGAAGAAUAUCAAGUUGGAUAUAUGUACAGAAGUAGCUUGUUCAUUUCCCUGUCUCCCAAACCGGGGCAAAUGAAUAGGAUGCCUUGGUUGCACUGCAGCACCCUCUGGCUGAGCCAGGGAGAAAUGGCAUUGGGCUGCAGAGGAAACAACAUCCCGCUGUCCUGCUGCCAGUUGAUUGCUCUGGUGCAGGACCUUUUAAUGGUGAGGCGAGGUGCAAGAGGACUUAGAAAACUAGAGUGUUAGGGGGCAGGAGAGGAAGGUAAUGAGUAAUAUACUAUUUAAAUGAAGAAUAACUUUUUAUGUAACGUGUCUGUCGCUUAUUCUUGUGAACUGGAAUUUUAAAAAAGAUUUUCAUUCGAGAUUAUACAAAUAGUAGUGUAUAAAUCCUAUGCUUGUAGGUGCCCAAUAAAUAUCGUAGACGACAUUACCUCUGCACAGACUGUAUUGGCCAAUAUUAGCUAUGUUUCACUUUUUACGUGGGAAUGACUAAUGACUGUUUCCAUUGGCACAGUGCAUGCACCCAAAAUGCCAGAAAUCAUGCAUGUGGAAAAACUUUAAAUAUUAAGUUAUGUGGAAAAGAAUGUAAAUAUACCUUCCAUUUGGGCUGGCUAGUUUAACUUUAUUAUGUUAAGUGGUUUUGUAUGCUGGUAGCCAUCUGACCAGCUGUACUGACAUUUCAGUAAACUUUUCUACAAUU